AUAUGAUAAUAACUCUUUAGAUUGUUUCAAAAUUGUAAGUCUUACAAUUUUCUUCUCUUUUGUCUUUCGUGAUCCUAUAGCAAGGAAGUGUGGAUCCUUUGCAUAUACCGCAACAAGAUUCAGACAGUAGUGUUAUUGUUGUAGUGAACGAUUUGCCAGCAGGUUUAUCAAAUUGCUUAUUUCUUAAAAUCCUUACAAUUCUCAAUAGAACUCAAUAGAGGCUGACUAAUUCGGUAAAGAAUAAUUCGGACCAAUGUUUUCAGAGCUCUUCUUCUUGGUUUUAAUGUCAAAUUUCAUUUCAUUUAAAAUCGAUGUUGAGGUAUAAGCAUUUCUAUGGUUAUCUAUUUUUUUGCUGACUAUAAAAGACGAUGAACUGGCAGAUCUUUGCUAAUCAGAAAUUACAUCUCCGAGGAAAAACACCUUAAAUAAUCUAAUAACAAAAUGAAAACAAUAUUUUUGUUGAGUCUUGCCAUAGUUGUGGUUACCGCGACAAGUGUGCCAGCUCCAGGUAGUGUACAAACGUUAAAUGGCGACGACAUAAAUUCUGCAAAAGAAGCUUUGGAAUUGUCUUUAACUAAAUUGGCCGCAGGCGAAGGUCCAAGUUAUAAGCUCUCUAAAAUUUUAUCAGCAACAUCUCAAGUAGUUUCUGGUAUUGCCUAUAAAAUAAAGGCUGAACUAAUUGAUUCCAAUGAUGCUACAAAAAUCUGCAAUAUCGGUAUUUGGAGUCAAUCUUGGUUGGAAAAUGGAAUCGAAGUUACUUUUGAAUGUGAUGGCGAGGAAAAAUUAGUCCGAAAACAUAGUGCUUAAGAUAAUUGUUAUUAAUCGAGGCUUUUGUUUUUAAUAAAAAAAGUUUAAGAAAAUA